GCCAGGCUGACCAAUUCCAAUAUGGUGGCCAGCUUGGCAGGUCUACGGUUCCUGUUGAUGAUAUUGUUGUUGUGCGAGAUCAGGUACGGCGCCUGCAGCCAGGAAGCUCCGCUGGUCCUGGGGCUGCGACUGGAAGAGCCGGCGGGUCUGGUGUGCAUGAAGGACCGGAUCAUCUCGGCGCCAGAAGGAGCCACGUUCAAGCUCCGUCUCUACGGGGAAGAACUGAAUGGAAGCUGGCCGUGGGUGGCGUUCGCAGGGGCAGCGGUUGGAGCGGCCGGGGCGGUCGGAGAUGCGACCGACCCGUGCGGACACGAGUCCAGUCGCCUGGAGUCCGCUUUCCAGGUGACGGGGAAGUUCAUUCCGGACGAGGAUUACAGCGGGCUGGUGACGGUGGCAGUCCAGCGACGGAGCAUCUCUGCGGGAGCAGCUGGCGUCGAGCAGAUGUACCACCACCUGUGCGUGCUCAACGGAGGGAAGUGGGCAUCCGUGGGCCCGGACAGACUGCGGGUAAACACCGACAAGGGUCAACCGGCAGACUACAUCCCGCCGUGGGGUCUGGCCGUGCUGAUAGUGCUGCUGCUGCUGGUGUGCGCGCUGCUGAGGACAGUGAACCUGAGCCUGUUGUGGCUGGACCCCGUGGAGCUCUAUGUUCUCCACAGCUGCGGCUCUGAGGAGGAGAAACGGGCCGCCAAGCGACUGGAGCCAAUCAGGAGGAGGGGAAACUUUCUGGCGUGCUCUCUGCUCUUCCUGUGUGCUCUGGGACACUCGGUGCUGGGCGUCCUCCUGUACCGGGCCUUGGGCUCUAUAGUCUCCGCAGUCUUCACCAGUGGCUUCCUCAUCUUCUUCCUGGCCGAGCUGUGCCCUCACAUCGUGUGCUCCGGUUAUGGCUUCCAGCUGGCCCCGGGUCUGACCUGGCUGGCCCAGGUUUGUAUGGUGCUCACCUGCCCCCUGUCCUGUCCCCUGGGCCUGAUCUUGGACCUGGGACUGAGGAGGGACAUCAGCACCUGUGGAAUAAGGGAGAGGGCCAUGGAGAUGAUCCGCUCCAGUGUCAAUGACCCGUACAGCGAGUUUGUGAAGGAGGAGUUCAGCCGUGGGAUGCUGCGCAUCAAGACGGUGGAGGACAUCCUGACCCCUCUGAAGGACUGCUUCAUGCUGCCCAGCUCGGCCGUCCUCGACUUCUCCACCAUGUCUGAGGUCAUGCAGAGCGGCUACACCAGGGUGCCCAUCUAUGAGGAGGAGAGGUCCAACAUUGUGGAAAUCCUGUAUGUGAAGGACUUGGCCCUGGUGGAUCCAGAGGACUGUACCCCCAUGACCACCAUCACCAAGUUCUACAAUCACCCACUGCACUAUGUCUUCAAUGACACCAAACUGGAUGCCAUGCUGGAGGAGUUCAAGAAAGGCAACUCUCACAUGGCCAUUGUCCAGAAAGUGAACAAUGAGGGGGAGGGAGAUCCGUUCUACGAGGUGCUGGGGUUGGUCACCUUAGAGGACGUCAUCGAGGAGAUCAUCAAAUCAGAGAUCCUGGAUGAAUCUGACGGCUACUUGGACAGGAAGGUGAAGCGCCCCCUCCCUCAGCUGGAGAUUCCUCUGGAGCCUCGCAGUGCCCCCGAGGAGUUUUCUCUCUUCAAGCCUCCUGAAGGAGAACCCAAGAUCCGCACAUCGCCACAGCUGCUGCUGGCCACGCAUCGCUUCCUGUCCAGAGAGGUGGAGCACUUCAGCCCCGGCCGUGUGUCCGAGAAGGUCCUCUUUCACCUGCUGCGUCACCCCAGUGUCAACCAGGAAGUGCAUUUUGACUCCGGCAACAGACUGAGCGCGAGCCACUAUCUGUACACACGCAACCACCCGGUGGACUAUUUCAUCCUGCUGCUGCAGGGUCGCGUGGAGGUGGAGAUUGGAAAAGAAGGGCUGAAGUUUGAGAAUGGCGCGUUCACGUACUACGGCGUCUCUGCUCUAACACUGCCAUCGUCAGUGCACCAGUCUCCAGUGUCGACUCAGCGUCACUCUUCCAGGGAUCCAUUUGAGGCAGCGGACGCCACCAGCCCGUCCAGCUACUGUCCCGACUACACCGUGCGAGCGCUCACUGACCUGCAGCUCAUUCGGGUGACGCGUCUCCAGUAUUUGAACGCUCUGAUGGCGUCGCGCGUGGGCCAGAGUCCAGAUCCUCCCGAGAUUAAGAUCCUGCCCAGCAGUCAGACAAAGCUGCUCAACGACAGAAACACCACACAAGGUGGCAGUAGAGCCCAGGAAAGCUCCACUGAAGAGGAGGCUCAUGGGUAAUGUGGUUCUGUCUGCCUGCUGUAAAAAGAGAUAAGAAAGAAUGUUUUUGUUGUUGUUUGUUUUUUUAAUAUAUUGUAAAUUGUUAAAUCAUCUAUGGCUGGAACGUAGUGAUUGGACAUAACUGCAGUGAUUUUUAUGUUCGUCCACUGCACAUGCUUCUCAUCUCCUCCGCCAUUCCAUUAUGAGCUUUCCACACACACACACACACACACACACACACACACACACAUACACAUACACACACUUUAUUUUAAUUUGGCGGUGCCCUUUCUUUGAGGUUCUGUAUCUUAACUUUUCUGUGUGCCAAAGCUACAUGUGUUUAUUUGUGGUGUGUGUGCAUGUGUGUGUGUGUGUGUGUGUGUGUGAGAGAACGACCGUCCGUUUGCUCUCUUAAGCUCAUCAAAAGCAGAAUUAAUUAAAUUUGUGCACUGUGGAUUAGUCACAGAAAUUUCUCUUUUAACUAUUUCUGUUAGUUUUAAACGCAAAGCACCAAGAUUUUUGUGCAUUUGCCAGUUUUUUUUUAUAUAUAUAUUAUGUAUUAAUUGAAAUUGGGGGAAAGAAAUACAAUUGAAGAUGAAACAGAGAAACUUUUUUAAACCUUUUCAUAGAUCCGAUGAUUAAUAGAUAAGAUAAUCUGCAGGAAAACUAAUAUGCUUUUUUAUUAGAGUCGGCUUUAUUAGUUUUAUAAUACAUGUACAAGUUUUAUGGUUUAGAAUUCCAGCAUACAUCUCUGGAGCUGCAUAUAGGAGUAUGUAGUAUAGCAUAGUGCUAGUAUCCAAAAGUAGAAAAAUAAAACAGUCCCAUCUGUAUGAAUACCACUGUAGCUGCAGAAAAAAAGAAAAGAGUAAUAUUGAUAAUCAACUCAUCAUGUGCCAUUUUUUUUAAUAGAAACCCAGUAUUUACAAAUGUACUUCUCCUUAUUUCCCUUCAAACACUCAGCUGUUACACACUCCCUCGUAGUUCACUGACACUGACUCUGUGGUCCAGCAGGGGGUGCUGCAGUGGCAGUUUUACCAUCUCGUGGAACUUAUAAACACAUGUUAAACAUCCCGUUGUUUGAUGAUGACCCGAGACUUGAUGAUUCACAUUAAAGCACCUUGUUUUUUGUUUUUAUCCCAAAGCAUAGAGUUGUGUUAACAUUCCAGUAUAUGUUCACAUCUGAGUGUGUGUGAGUGAGUGUGCUUGUAUUUGUAUCUUUAUGAGGUUUUUCAGGGUUGAGACCUGGUUUUAGGGUUAGAAUUGGGUUUAGGUUUGUGUUAGGGUAAGGGUUAGACACUUAACCCCCUUUUCCACCGAUGGUCCUAGCUCAACUCGCCUCGACACGGCACGGUUUAGGUUGUGUUUCUGUUACUAUAGUACCUCCGCAAUGUGGGCGGAGUCAUCGCUGCAUGAAACUGCCGUGACUUGUAAAGCAGUUGUUUUUAGCGUAACUGAAUCAUUAGAAUCAGUUCAUUAGAAAUAUUUGUUCAGAACUUCCUCCAUGACCGGAGCACAGACUCCGUCUGACACAGUCACUGGACUGAAAUGCAGCGGCUUGUCGGUCGAGAUCAGCAGUGCUGUCGCUGAAUACACCAGACUCCUCUGUUAAAUAUUGAGAUUUUAGACAUUUCCCUGGUCAUUGUUGGAGAUUAACCCACGUUUUUAGGAUUGUUAAGUCUUUUUAACUGAUCUACAGUUCGGCUUGAUUCUUGUGUCGGACGUCUUGCUCACGACUCUUCCUGUGACGACGCUGUGAUCAAUCGAAACGUGCCAUGUACUACCACUAAUGGAAACACAAAAUAACCGUGCCGUGGCGAGGCGAGGCGCAGUAGUGGAAACACGCAUUAGUUGUGAUGGUUAAGGUUAGGAUAAGGGGCUAGGGAAUGCAUUAUGUCAGUGACGUGUCCUCACUCGGAUACAAAAACAAGUUUAUGUGUGUGUGUGUAUGUGUGUGUGACAAGAACAGUAUCCAGUCAUCGUUACUUCCAUCUCUCAUGUUAACGUGUUUGUUUGCCUGACGUGCAUGUUGAGCUCUCGUCAUCCGAGUCACUGUUACAUGUAAACAUGUGAAACAUGUCAUAAAUGGCCUCUGACCUUUCCUGUGUAUGUAUAUGAAUAGUAAUAUAUUAAUUCAACAGUGAGGCCGACUCUGGGUGACGAGUUCAGCGUAGGGAUGCAUGAUAUUGGGCUUUUUGCCGAUAAGUCGGGAGUGCUCGGGACGAAAACUGAUACCCAUGUGUAUAUACAUAAAUUUUUUUCAUUUUUUAUUUAGUCUCUUCUGUAGUGAAAUAAUAAACAUAAUAUUUUUGUACUCAUCUCGCAGCAGAUGUAUAUAUACAUUUUCCUCAUUGUACAAAAUAAAUCAAUAUAAAAUUAAUAGUUUGGGAGGCCACCAUCAUGGUGCGGUACAGUACUGUUUGGAAUGAUAAAGUCCUGGGUUAGGCUACAGUACAUUUACUUAGUAGGCAGAGUGUGGGCGGAGCCUCAGGGCCACGUAGCGUGACAUACCGGUGCAGCGACAUCAAACGCGACACAACAGAGGGCGUUUUGCGGGCGCUGGAGAAACCCCAGUUGUGGGUGGAGCCAGUCUAGCUCCAUUUGGACCGUACUAUUUUAACCCAAGGGAAGGGUGCCAAAGAAUAUGGUUAUUUAACCAUACCAAACCAUGCAGUUCCAAUCACAGGAUCUUGUCAAUGAUACAUUUCACCGAUAUUGUGCCGAUAGUAUCGUGCAUCCCUACUUACGUGUACAGUUUUUGGGGUUUUCCAGAUGUACUCUGAUAUGGAGCAACUGUAACAAAACAAUUUCCUUUGGGAUAAUAAAAGUAUUCUGAUUCUGAUACUUCAAUAAAACACUCACAGGUCAUGACUCUUGAGCGAAUGACACUCAACGAUGGACUAUCAAAAUAAAGUGUUACCCAUUUGAUUUGAAGUGUAUCUCUGUUGACCUCUGACCUGUGAGUGUUCUAUCAGAGAACCCUGGGGCUGUUCAGAAGUCACAUCACCUCCUGUUUUUCUUUUUUCCGUUUUGAUUCCACGUGUUUGGUUCAUUCAGUGUUUGCCACCAGAGCAUUUGGCCAAAUAUAUCUUUUUUUUUUUUAUGAUUUCUGAUGACAUGCUAUUUUUCAGCUAUUUUACAUGCAUUGUUUUGUUGUCAUAAGUUAAUUUCUCCUGUGUUCAAAAAAGGAAAGACUGAAUGUAUAAAUGAUAAUCAGUACUCUGAUGGAGGGAGGUUGUUUUGGUUUUUCGGGUGCUGGAGGGGAGGGGAGGUUGACGUGGUACACGACUGCUCGGAUAGAACAUGAUGGGAUGUCGGCUGUUGCGCAGUCUUCGGGUGCAACAGCCGCAGUCUUUUUGUCUGGGUCACGUUUGUGUGGAAUUCCUCUUGUUUUGGGGGUUGUUGCCAGUUCUGGGUGCAUUAACUCCACUGCAUUUAACACUUCAACACGUUUCUUAGGAAAUAAAAUGAAGUCCUGUUCUAAAUGUG